AUGUCCGGUACGCAAAUGUCUGUAACGCAAAUGUCCGGACGCAAAUGUCCGGAACUCAAAUGUCUGGGACGCAAAUGUUCAGGACGCAAAUGUCUAGGACGCAAAUGUCUGGGACGCAAAUGUCCGGGACGCAAACGUCUGGGACGCAAAUGUCCGGUGCGCAAAAUUCCGGGACGCAAAUGUCCGGAACGCAAAUGUCCGGUACGCAAAUGUCCGGGACGCAAUGUCCAGGACGCAAAUGUCCGGGACACAAAUGUCCGGUACGCAAAUAACCAGGACGCAAAUAUCCAGGAAUGCAAAUCUCCGGACACAAAUGUCCGGUACGCAAAUGCCCAGGACGCAAAUGUUCAGGACGCAAAUGUCCGGGACACAAAUGUCCGGAACGCAAAUGUCUGGAACGCAAAUGUCCGGCAGUCUUUACUGCAUAUAUAUAUAUAUAUAUAUAUAUAUAUAUAUAUAUAUAUAUAUACUUCUCUUCCUUCUGUUUUCUAUUUCUUUCUUUUUCUUAUUUUUUCUUUUCUUAUUUGCAUCUGUUUUUCAUCGCUCCCUUCUCUAUCUCUCAUUCUCUUUCUUUCUGUUCCUUUCUCUCUCCUUCUGCUGUCUUUCCCUCACACUCUUUGUUUAUCUUUCUUUUGUGCUUUCCCUUUCCUUCUCUUAUACCUUUCCUAUACUCUUUCUCGUACACCUCUUCUUCUGCCUAUUUUUUUUCUCUUCGUUUCUAUCGUAGAUAAAUAUAUUUUAUCUCUUUCUAAUUUUCUCUCUGUCGACUUCUCUUUCUUCUUUUUUUUCCAUUUCUUUCUUUUUCUUAUUUUUUUCCUUUCUUAUUUGCAUCUGUUUCUCAUCGCUCCCCCCUCUCUCUCUCUUUCUUUUAAAAAUUUUCUUUUUACUCCUAAUUUUUUCAUUUGUUUCUCAUUCAAAACGUUUCUCUCAUUUGACUCUAAAGGCUUAUCUAUCUAUCUAUCUAUCUAUCUAUCUAUCUAUCUAAGCUUUUCUUUCAUUAAUUUUUUCACUGUGUUUUUAUCUAUCUAUCUAUCUAUCUAUCUAUCUAUCUAUCUAAGCUUUUCUUUCAUUAAUUUUUUCACUGUGUUUUUAUCUAUCUAUCUAUCUAUCUAUCUAUAUAUCUAUCUAUCUAUCUAUCUAAGCUUUUCUUUCAUUAAUUUUUUCACUGUCUUUUCUUUCAUUAAUUUUUCACUGUGUUUUUUCUAUCUAUCUAUCUAUCUAUCUAUCUAUCUAUCUAUCUAUCUAUCUAUCUAUCUAAGCUUUUCUUUCAUUAAUUUUUUCACUGUGUUUUUAUCUAUCUAUCUAUCUAUCUAUCUAUAUAUCUAUCUAUCUAUCUAUCUAAGCUUUUCUUUCAUUAAUUUUUUCACUGUGUUUUUAUCUAUCUAUCUAUCUAUCUAUCUAUCUAUCUAUCUAUCUAUCUAUCUAUCUAUCUAUCUAUUUCACUCUUUUAAUCGCAUUUAUCUAUCCAAAUCUGAUCGUACGUAUCUAUCUAUCUAUCUAUCUAUCUAUCUAUCUAUCUAUCUAUCUAUCUAUCUAUCUAUCUAUCUAAGCUUUUCUUUCAUUAAUUUUUUCACUGUGUUUUUAUCUAUCUAUCUAUCUAUCUAUCUAUCUAUCUAUCUAUCUAUCUAUCUAUCUAUCUAUCUAAGCUUUUCUUUCAUUAAUUUUUUCACUGUGUUUUUAUCUAUCUAUCUAUCUAUCUAUCUAUCUAUCUAUCUAUCUAUCUAUCUAUCUAUCUAUCUAUCUAUUAUAGUCUAG